AUGCUUCGUGUGGAGCAUGAAUGCGAAGUCGAGACCGAGCAUGAAGAUAUACUUUUUCCUCCCGAUCGCAAUUUCUUCCGAAAAGCGUUUGACGCGUUUCGCUCUUCGCUGAUGGUAUCCGGAAAAAAUCCAGGUGCCCGCAAGUAUUUACGCAGUCGCGCUUCCGUAAUCUCGGAAAAGCGACGGCAUUUGCGUAACUACAAACAUAUUCUUCAUCCAUUCAGUGCCUUUAGAUUUUUCUGGGAAAUCCUAAUGAUUUUAACGAUAACAUGCUUACUGUUGGCCGUUCCGUAUCAAGCUACCUUCGAAAUAAACAGGCGUUCAGGUUAUUGGACGGUUUGCAAAAAUAUCCUACUUUGUCUUUGUUGCGUGGACAUAAUCGUUAAUUUUAUGACAGGAUAUUUUGACAAGCUGCAUCACACCGUCGUGAUGGAACCGAAAAAAAUAAUGAAGAGGUACAUAAGAUACGGCACUUUUCUGCCAGAUUUGUUGGGCUCUUUACCAACCGACAUUGUGUUUGUUAAUACAUGGCAGACGAACACAGUCACACGCGAGUUAGUGUCUUUGAUGUGCGGAUUCCGCGUGUUCUCUCUCAGUUCCUACGUAACAAAGAUUGCCCAGGCGUACGAUGUUCCAGUGGCCCUCUAUGAAGUUUGCAUUAUGAUAUUUUGGCUAAUGAUAGCGUUUCAGUGGCAGUCUUGCCUGUAUUGGCUGGUGCCAAUAGCGACAACUUCCAUGCAUCUACCAAAGCGACCAAGCAACGACUCGUGGAUACACGAGUUCAACCUUUGGGAAGAAUCUAAGGCUCUACAGUAUCUGAAUAGUCUCUUACGCGCCGUUUCCACCUUUCUGUCUUCGGGCUUCCUGCACGGAAGACCGAGAAACGAAGCGGACCUCACGCUGGUGAUCCUCUUACAGAUCUUAGGGAGUCUAACUAUCUGGAUCCUGAUAGCUCGUGUGAACCAGCUCUACAAGAGCGCCAACAGUUCUAGAAUAAAGUAUCAAGACAUUAUGGCACAGCUCAAGCAAUAUAUGAAGCAUCGGCAACUACCGUAUUCGACUCGCCACCGUAUCGUAGCUUACUAUGAGUUUUGCUUUCAACAUCGAUACUUCUACGAAGCCGAGAUCCUCAGCACUUUGUCCCCACAUAUGCGCCAGGAGAUCGGCAUGCACGUCUGCCGCAAACUCGUGGAAAACGUUACGUUUUUUAGCAAUCUGCCCCUCUCGUUACUGACGCGCAUCGUCGCUCUGCUAAAGUCCGAGAUAUUUUUAACAAACGACGUGAUUGUACGGGCCAAUCAGCCAGGUGAUUGCAUGUACUUCAUCGCUACCGGUACGGUGGCUAUUUAUACGGGUUCCGGUAAGGAAGUGUGUCACUUGGAGGAUGGCGCGCACUUUGGGGAGAUCGCGCUAGUGAUGCCGGACGAGCGGCGAGUGGCCAGCGUCGUCGCCGUUGAGAUUUGCGAGUUGUAUCGUCUGGAUCGCGCGGAUUUCGCCAGAACGAUUCAUCCCUACCCCAUGCUAUGGGAGCAAAUCAAGAAAAUAGCUGUCGAGAGACACGAAAGAACGACCAUACUGGAUAUGCAUUAA